AUGCAGUCCGAGGCCGCCGCUCCGGCGGCAGAGGCUGACGUCCCGAUGGCGCAAGCGCUGAGCGAUGCCGAGCUUUCAUCAGAUCACGAGCACGAGGAGCAGCCGCUGCUCCAUGAGCAGCGGCUUGCGACAGUCAACCAGGAGCAGGCACGGCUUGAGGCGCUGCGUUGGACCGAGGAAGAGGUGGCUUUGUGGGAGUUCGAGGAGGAGCGUGCGGGCUACAUGGAGGAGACCUCGUGCGACGAGUCCGAGGACGAGGACGAGGACGAGGGCGACGGCGAGGCACCCGCACCCGCACCCGCACCCGCACCCGCACAUGCACAUGCACCCGCGCAGCGUGCAGGGAAGCGUAAGGCUGCACCGCCUCGAGCACCGCCGACGCGCCCGCCAGACAGCAGUGAUGACGAUGGCCCAUCAUUGCAUGCGCCAGCACCGGCGCGGGCAGGGCGGGGGGCCAAGCCGGCAGCCAAGGGGUCCGCACGGCGCAAGCCGCCAGCAGCCAAGCCAGCAGCCAAGGCAGUAGCGGCCAUGUCGAAGCACGGGGGCUCUUGGGCAGCAGCUCACAGCCUAUCGUUUUUGGUCGGUUUUUGGCGCUAA